UUUGUGUUAGCAUUGAUCAGACAUGUUCUCAGCAUUGACAUUGAUCCAGAAUCUCUUGAAAUAGCAUCUCUUAAUGCUGAGGAACUUGAGGUGGAUAUGGAUUUUAUUCAGUCUAAUGUCAUGGACUUGAGGUGGAGAGGCCAAAUUGUUCAUACAGUUAUCAUGAAUCCUCCUUUUGGAACUCGGAAAAAGGGCGCAGAUUUGGACUUUCUCAAUGUUGCUUUGAAGGUUGCUUCUCAAGCUGUUUAUUCAUUGCAUAAGAGUUCCACAAGAGAGCAUGUAAAACGAACAGCUUUAAGAGAUUUCAACGCUAGCAAUGUAGAAGUUCUAUGUGAGCUUCGAUAUGAUCUGUCGAAACUGUACAAAUUUCAUAAGAAGAAAGAGGUAGACAUUGCUGUUGACCUCUGGCGUUUCGUACCAGGAAAGCAUCAAAGCUAAAAGGCAUUUGGCACAGAGAAGUGCGAUUAAAGGAGAAACUUUGUUUGUUUUUUUCCCCUCAGUUUAAAAUGCUCUUGCACAUUAAGUAAUGAUUCCUUUAUAGUUGUGCAUAUAUGUGAAUUCAAUAGUUGAGGAAGGAUCCUCUUGUCAUGAAAUCAAAUAACUUUAUGAAUCUAUAAGUGGCCACAGUUCCUCCCAACUCCAACGUGUACUAUGAAGUUGAGCUGGUUUCCUUUGUAAAGAAUGCAGAAAAAGGAAUCGUGGGAUCUGAAUACACCAGAGAAGAUAGAGGCAGCUGGAAAGAAGAAGGAAGAAGGGAAUGCAUUGUUCAAGGUUGGCAAAUAUGAAAGAGCAUCAAAAAGAUAUGAAAAGCCGCCCUUCACCCCAAAGUCCCUCACCCAUCGAAGAAAGAAAGAAAAGAAGGGGAGAAAUCAGAAGCAGGGAAGAAAGGAGAGGUAAAGGGGGGUCCGAGGGAGAAGGGAGAUCGGAGAGAGAGCGUCGAUUGAGGGAGAGGGAGCGAGCCGCGUGAAGGAGCUGAGGAAGAAGACGUCGCCAUCGAGCCGCCGUCCAUGGAGGUUCACGAUUAGAAGGAAGGCGCACCGUUUUGCCCAGAGCCGCUGCGGGAAGGACCGCCGUUUCGCGCCGCCAUUGUGACUCUUGUCGCCGCCGGAUCUGUUGCCAUCGCCACCAGCUUCCACCACGGUCGAGGUUGUCGCAAAUGGGAGAGGAUGAAGCUGCCCAUGUCGCCGCCGUGAGGAGCCGCAAGUCCUGUCGCCGUCAUCAUUGCAAAUGGUGUCGCCGUUGUGGUCGAACCCAGCUGCCAUCGUCACAAGCUCCGUCGCCACUGUUGGAGGUGGGUUGCCGAGCCUAUGUCGCCGGAAAGCGGCGCUGCCAUAGCUGAGGCCCGUUGCCGUUGCUGUCACUGAGCUUCUGGCUGCCAGGAACGGUGCUGUUGCUGUAGGAGAUUGUCGUCAGAGCUGCUGCUCCACUUCUGUCAUUCUUCCUUUCAUAUUAAAAGAAAUAGAUGUGCUAAAAAAAAAACUUGAAGAGAAACAAACACGGAAAGAGGAAGAAUUA